AUGGACAAGCUAAGUUUUUUCACAUAUAAAGUUGAUCCUGAAAAAGAUCAAGCAAUUGAUGAUUUUCUCAGGACUCCUAUUGAUAGCAGAUCAACUCCUGUUGAUGAUGGUUUUAAAAUUCAUAAAUCCGACAAUCCGAAUCAGGCAAAACGCGAAAUUAAAAACGCUGAAUUGACGAAAAAGCAAAUUAUGAAUACAUGGAAUAGAGCAAUUACAAAAAUGUCAAAAAGAGCAAUUUCUCCUCCAAAACCACGCAUAACUUCAAGGAGUGCUAUGGAUGGAUACCCAUCUUUAGUUGAAAGAACAAUAAAUCAAGAAUCAACUUUGCAGAAAAAUCCAUUUUCAGAAUUUGAAGAAGAACCACAGCAAAAAACUGUCAAUAAUAAUAUCAUGCCUCUACGUAAAAACGAUAUUCCCAUAGGUAGACACUAUUCAAAUAACUUGGUUUUGAAAAGAACAACAAAUAAAUAUUUCAAACGUUAA